CUGCGUGGCGAAGUGAGCACAUUGUUGCCUGGUGGAGAGUGAGAGACUGGGAGCUGGACAGUUUGCUGCAUAGAUAGAGCCAUGACGCUGACCCUGACGGUGAAUUCUGCUAACCCUCCGCUUGGUGCCCUUCUGACUGCAGAGCAUGUUAAGUCAACUGUGAAUGUGGCAAUAGACCAAGGAAAAGAAACCAGUUUGAAAGUUGCAGACAGUGUGUCUUUUAAUGAUGUAAACUCUAUUGUACGAUAUUUGGCUCGAUUGUCUCCUAGCCAUGUCUUGUAUGGCACCAACUUGUUGGAACAAGCUGAGAUUGACCAUUGGUUGGAGUUUAGCAGCAGGCACCUGUCAGGCCAGUUGGGCUCAGCUCUGCAGGAACUGGACAGUGCUCUCUCUCUCCGGACCUUUCUAGUUGGAAAUUCCAUUUCUCUGGCUGACUUCUGUGUGUGGUCAUCUCUCAAAGCAAAUAGCACCUGGCAAAAAUAUUUCUCAGAGGGUCAGGCUCCUUGCCACAUUAAACGCUGGUACAGCUUUCUAAGUAAUAAUGAAGUCUUCAAAUCAAUUGGCAGUAAAUGGACCUGUGCAUCAGUUCAACCACAGAGCAAACCAACGACAGACAAGAAGCAGGAUGUUGGGAAAUUUGUUGAACUUCCUGGAGCUGAAAUGGGAAAAGUAGUAGUAAGGUUCCCCCCUGAGGCUAGUGGCUACUUGCACAUUGGUCAUGCUAAAGCAGCUCUUCUGAACCAACAUUAUCAGGUGCAGUUCAAAGGCAAGCUGAUAAUGCGUUUUGAUGAUACCAACCCUGAAAAAGAAAAAGAGGACUUUGAAAAGGUGAUCUUGGAGGAUGUUAAAAUGUUACAGAUCCGUCCUGACCAGUUUACCUACACCUCAGACUACUUUGACACGAUCAUGAACUUUGCAGAAAAACUCUUACGUGAGGGCAAGGCUUAUAUUGAUGACACUCCUGCUGAGCAAAUGAAGCAGGAGAGGGAGCAAAGGACUGAAUCAAAAAACCGGAAUAACACUGUGGAAAAGAACCUAAAAAUGUGGGAGGAGAUGAAGAACGGUAGUGAGUAUGGACAAAGUUGCUGUAUGAGAGCGAAGAUUGAUAUGAACUCCAACAAUGGCUGCAUGAGAGAUCCCACGCUGUAUCGUUGCAAGAAUCAGCCACAUCCUCGGACUGGAAGCAAGUACAGAGUAUACCCAACAUAUGAUUUUGCUUGCCCAAUUGUUGACAGCAUUGAAGGUGUAACACAUGCUCUGAGGACUACAGAGUAUCAUGACCGUGAUGAGCAGUUCUACUGGUUGAUUGAUGCUUUGGGAAUUCGCAAGCCCUACAUCUGGGAAUAUGCCCGACUCAAUCUUAACAACACUGUGUUGUCUAAGAGGAAACUCACCUGGUUUGUGGAUCAAGGGCUUGUGGAUGGCUGGGAUGAUCCACGGUUCCCAACUGUCCGAGGUGUUCUGCGCAGAGGUAUGACUGUUGAAGGGCUUAAGCAGUUUAUUGCAGCUCAGGGUGGAUCAAGAUCUGUUGUAAAUAUGGAGUGGGACAAGAUCUGGGCAUUCAAUAAAAAGCUGCCAAAUAACUGUAAAAAGGUCAUUGACCCAGUGGCUCCACGUUAUACUGCACUACUAAAAAAUGAUGUGGUCCCUGUUAAUAUUCCAGGAGCCAAAGAGGAAUCCAAGGAAAUCCCCAAACAUCCUAAGAAUGCUGAAGUGGGAAUGAAGUCUGUUUGGUAUGGUUCACAUGUCCUGGUGGAGGGAGCUGAUGCAGAAACCUUCCAUGAAGGAGAAGUGGUUACUUUCAUUAAUUGGGGAAACAUAAUCAUCAAAAAAAUAAACAGAGAUGACAAUGGCCAUAUUGUAUCACUUGAUGGAUGCCUGAACUUGGAAAACUGUGAUUACAAAAAAACAACUAAAAUUACAUGGUUGACCGAGACAGAACAGGCUCCUUUGGUUCCCACCGUCUGUGUUAACUAUGAACAUCUCAUUACCAAACCUGUGCUGGGCAAGGAUGAAGACUUUAAACAGUAUAUAAAUCAAAACAGCAAGGUUGAGGAGAAAAUGCUCGGAGAUCCUUGUCUUAGGAAUUUAAAGAAAGGUGACAUUAUCCAACUUCAGAGACGAGGAUUCUACAUCUGUGACCAGACCUAUGAGCCUGUCAGUCCAUUCAGCUGUAAGGAGUCGCCCUGCAUUCUCCUGUACAUUCCUGAUGGUCACACAAAAGAGAUGCCCACAGCAGGGUCCAAAGAGAAGAGUAAAGCAGAAGCUGCCAAGAAAGUGGUUAAAAAAGAAGUGCCUGUUAUCCAAGCUUCUUCUGCACAGCCCCCAUCAACUAAAGAUGAUCCUUUGUUACUCUUCAGCAAUGUUACUCUUCAAGGGGACAAAGUACGCAAUCUUAAAGCCAAGAAGGCACCCAAGGAGAAAAUUGAUGCUGCAGUUAAAGAGCUUCUUGCUCUUAAGGCAGAGUUUAAAGAGAAAACUGGAAAGGAGUACAAACCAGGCAUGACACCAUCAAGCGUAUGCAGUUCACUCACAGGGUUGUCUCCAAAUCCUGUCAACAGCUGCCCAUAUGAAAAAGUAUCACAGCAAGGGGAGCUUGUCAGGAAGCUAAAAUCUGAAAAGGCCCCAAAGGAUCAGAUUGAUGCUGCUGUAAAACAGCUACUGGCUCUGAAAGCAGAAUUUAAAGAUAUUACAGGCCAAGAAUACAAGCCUGGAAUGACUCUGCCAACUUCUGAAUCUGCACAAGUUACUUCAGAUUCAGUUUAUGCUACCACCAGCCUUUCCUCAUCUUGCUUAUAUGAAAAAGUAGCUCAGCAGGGUGAACUUGUCCGCAAGCUUAAAGCAGAAAAGGCACCCAAGGACAAAAUUGAAGUAGCUGUUAAACAGUUACUGACCUUUAAGGAAGAAUUUAAGGAGAAGACAGGCCUAGAGUACAAGCCAGGCAUGAUCUCUCCUAGCAUUUCUUCUCCUGUAGUUCCAUGUCAUGUGCUGGAUGCCCAGAAUGUAGCAGAUGACAACAAGCAGCUGGAACUGUUUAAUAAAGUUGCAGAGCAAGGAGAGGUGGUCAGAAAUCUUAAAGCGGAGAAAGCUCCCAAGGAUCAAAUUGACUCUGCCAUUAAGUUUCUUCUGGAAUUAAAGACUCAAUACAAAAAUCUAACAGGUGAGGAUUACAAGCCAGUUUCCGCAGCUGGUGGAGAGGACAAGAAACGCAAAGAAAAGGAAAACAAGUCAGAAAGGCAGAGUAAAAAGCAAGUGGGUGGUGACCCACAAGGCAAAGAGCCUCCAAAGGAUGAGGAUAAAAAUGCUGGCUCUGGGGCACCAGGAGAUGGCCAGGGACCUAAGAAACAAACCAGGUUAGGUCUAGAGGCUAAAAAGGAAGAGAAUCUUGCUGACUGGUACUCUCAGGUGAUCACGAAAUCUGAGAUGAUUGAGUACUAUGAUGUGAGCGGGUGUUAUGUUUUACGGCCUUGGGCUUUUUCUAUCUGGGAGAUCAUCAAGGACUUCUUUGAUGCUGAAAUCAAGAAGCUUGGUGUAGAGAACUGUUAUUUCCCCAUGUUUGUGUCUCAGGCAGCCUUGGAGAAGGAAAAAACGCACAUUGCUGACUUUGCUCCUGAGGUUGCUUGGGUAACCAGAUCUGGAAAAACUGAGCUGGCAGAACCCAUAGCUGUACGCCCCACUAGUGAAACAGUGAUGUAUCCUGCCUAUGCUAAGUGGGUCCAAUCCCAUCGAGAUCUUCCAAUCAAGCUUAACCAGUGGUGCAAUGUGGUGCGCUGGGAGUUCAAACACCCUCAGCCUUUUCUUAGGACACGAGAGUUUCUUUGGCAGGAAGGUCACACUGCAUUUGCAACACAAGAGGAGGCUGCUGUAGAGGUACUGCAGAUUUUGGAUCUUUAUGCCCGUGUGUAUGAGGAACUGAUGGCUAUUCCAGUGGUAAAAGGCAGAAAGACAGAAAAGGAAAAAUUUGCAGGUGGUGACUACACCACCACUAUUGAAGCCUACAUCUCUGCUAGUGGAAGAGCUAUCCAGGGAGCCACCUCUCACCACCUGGGACAAAACUUCUCCAAAAUGUUUGAAAUUACCUUUGAAGACCCUCAGCGUCCAGGCGAGAAGCAGUUUGCUUACCAGAACUCUUGGGGAUUAACAACCCGUACUAUUGGGGUUCUGACAAUGGUACAUGGAGAUAAUGUUGGCCUUGUCCUGCCUCCCCGAAUUGCUAGUGUGCAGAUUAUCAUCAUACCAUGUGGCAUUACAGUUUCAUUACCUGAGGAGGUGAAAGAUGCUCUUUUUUCUAAAUGUACCCAAUAUCUGAACACAUUCUGCAAAGCUGGUAUCCGUGUGAGAUCUGAUAUUCGGGAUAACUACUCCCCUGGCUGGAAAUUUAAUCAUUGGGAGCUCAAGGGAGUUCCAGUUCGUGUAGAGGUUGGCCCUCGUGACAUGAAGAAUGGGCAGUUUGUGGCAGUACGGAGAGACACUGGUGAAAAAAUCGUUGUGAAGGAAGGAGAAGCUAUAAAAACAAUUAAGGAUCUACUAGAAGAUAUUCAGUCACAUCUUUUCACUAGGGCAUCUAAUGAUUUAAAGACUCACAUGGUUGCUGCUGACUCAAUGGAAGAGUUCCAGAAGGAGCUGGAUCAAGGCAAGAUUGUUCAGAUACCAUUCUGUGGAAACAUUGAGUGUGAGGACUGGAUCAAGAAAACAACAGCAAAGGACCAAGAUUUGGAGCCAGGAGCACCUUCCAUGGGAGCCAAGAGCUUGUGCAUUCCUUUCUCACCACUUCGGGAGUUGAAGGCUGGCACACUGUGUGUUAGUGGCAAGGAGCCUGCCAAGUUCUACACACUGUUCGGAAGGAGUUACUAAGUAAUACCAAGAAAGAUGGGGCUUGCUUAAGUAAAGCCCUCUAGUGGUUUAAACAAAGGUCAUGUAUAAUAGCUUUCUGCAUUUGUUAGCACAGGGGGAAAUUGGAUUGAUGGGACGCAAUUGUGUGUUUUAAAAAGGACUAAUUUAUUUUCCCUUUUCACCAUACCCCAUUUUCUUUAUAAAAUUUCCUCAGGUAUAGAAAGUCCUGUUUACAUAUGUAGUCAAGAAAGUAUCAAACCCAGUCAGGUUUGUAAAAGACUUUAAUCAAAAUAAAAGAACUAUGGGAUAUGUCUCUGUU